AUGUCAGGUACCAAUGGAGCCACGAAUGGCACAAGCCAUGCAAAUGGAACAACUUCGAGCGGCACAUCUAAAACUGAUAUCAACUCCACGAAAGUGGCUAAUAGUCGCGUUCAACGCCCUGAAAUUGACAGCACCUUCAAGCAAUAUGCUCAGCUUAUCCAUGCCGCCAGACGGCCAUUACCAAAGCAGUCUGGCGAUGGAUCUUAUCUUGCUAGCCCCAAGGAGACCUCGUCGCUUUUGCAGGAUUUCUUGUCCAUAGGCCCUAGGGGAAUAGGAACGUUGCUAACUGUAAGGAAGAACAAAAAGUCCGGCGACCUUGUUGAUGACAAGACUUAUAUCAUGGAACGUGUAAUUCAGCUCGUGGCUGGGCUUCCUCCGCAAUCCAAAAUGCGUGUGGAUUUGACAAACGCAUUUGUUGCAGAGCUCUGGGAUACACUUCCUCAUCCUUCCGUACCGGCGUUUGGCGACGAAUACAAGUACCGGUCCGCAGACGGAUCAAAUAAUAACCCUCUUUUUCCAAAACUUGGUGCUGCUAAUACUCCUUAUGCCCGGUCAAUUAUUCCAUCAACAGUUCAACCUGGUGCGCUACCUGACCCAGGACUUAUUUUCGAUAGCAUUUUCGCCAGACAAAAAUUUAAACCGCACCCCAAUGGUGUCUCUAGCGUUUUCUUUGGUUGGGCCUCUCUGAUCAUCCAUGACCUCUUCCAAACGGACCAUCGAGAUCCAAAUAUCUCCCAAACAUCGUCUUACCUUGACCUUUCAACAUUAUAUGGGGAUAACCAGGAGGAUCAAAAUCAAAUACGAACUUUUAAAGAUGGGAAGUUGAAACCUGACUCUUUCUCCGAGCCAAGACUUUUGGCUCUUCCCCCAGUUUGCAGUGUUAUGCUCAUCAUGUUAAAUCGAUUCCAUAAUUACGCUGCGGAGCAGCUUGCACAUAUCAACGAAGGAGGCCGUUUCAGUAAGCCUAGAUCUGGUCUUUCUCCGGAUGAAUCUUCGAAAGCGUGGGCAAAAUACGACAAUGACUUGUUCCAAACUGCCCGCCUGGUUACUUGUGGUCUUUAUAUUAAUAUCACACUAUAUGACUAUGUGCGUACCAUUAUUAACUUGACGCGAAGCAACACAACCUGGUGCUUGGAUCCACGAGUGAAUAUGCGAAAAACUUCCGCCCCUGAAGCAGCGUCAAGUGGUGUUGGCAACCAGUGCUCUGUUGAAUUCAACCUUGCUUAUCGAUGGCAUUCUUGUAUCGGACAGCAGGACGAACAGUGGACCGACCAUAUUUAUGAAGACUUAUUCGGCAAGGCAGCUGAGGAUAUUACCCUACCCGACCUCCUGAUGGGGAUGAAACAGUGGCAGAUGAAAUUACCCAAAGACCCGGCUCAGAGAUCCUUUGCCGGCUUAACACGUGGCCCUGAUGGCAGAUUCAGUGACGACGACCUUGUUAAAAUAAUGACUGAUAGUAUUGAUCAGAUUGCAGGAUCCUUUGGACCUCAGAAUGUCCCAAAAGCUCUUCGGGCAGUUGAAAUUUUGGGUAUGCAGCAAGCUCGCAAAUGGGGCUGUGGCUCUCUUAAUGAAUUCAGGAAGUUUUUUGGGCUGAAAGAAUACACAACGUUUGAAGAGAUAAAUUCAGACCCUUACAUUGCCGACCAGCUUCGCCAUCUAUAUGAACAUCCAGAUCAUGUUGAAUUAUACCCUGGAAUUGUGGCAGAAGAACCUAAAAUUCCAAUGGUGCCAGGUGCUGGGAUAUGUCCAACAUAUACGCUGUCUCGUGCGAUCCUCUCAGAUGCAGUAGCCUUGGUUCGGGGUGACAGGUUCUAUACUACGGAUUAUCAUCCAAAAAGCCUAACGAACUGGGGCUUUGCGGAGACGCACUAUGACCUGGGCAUCAAUCAAGGUUGCGUAUUCUACAAACUAAUGCUACGAUCCUUCCCAAAUCAUUUCAAGCCAGAUUCGAUAUAUGCACACUACCCAAUGACUAUUCCCGGUGAAAAUAGAAAGAUAUUUACAGAUUUAGGGCGGGUUCAUCACUACUCGUGGGACAAGCCCGCAUUUAUCCCACCUCGUGUAAACAUAACAUCUUACACUGGGGCUAAAAUUGUUCUGAAGAAUGCUAAAGAUUUUAGGGUCACUUGGGGGGAAGCUACAGGCCUUUUAUUCGGCAAGGAGGGAUUAAAUUUCAUGCUUUCAGGAGAUUCACCAAAACAUGGAAAACAGAGGCAGGUGAUGGGCAAAGCGCUUUACCAAGAUCAUUGGAAACAACAAGUAAAAGAUUUCUAUGAAGACAUAACUAUCCAACUCCUCAAACAAAAAUCAUGCAAAAUCGCCGGCGUCAACCAAAUUGAUAUCACCAGAGAUGUUGGCAAUCUUGCACAUGUCCAUUUCGCGUCUAAUAUGUUCUCGUUACCUUUGAAAACAGAGGAAAACCCGAAGGGCAUAUUUACCGAGCACGAAAUGUUCAUGAUCAUGUGUGUAAUUUUCACCUGUAUUUUCUUUGACCUUGACCCGGUGAAAUCGUUCCCUUUGCGCCAAGCAUCCCGCACGGUUGCGCAACAGCUAGGGAAGAUUGUUGAGGGAUAUGUUAGGAGUGUUAAAGCCACGGGGAUCGUGUCCGGAAUCGUCGACCGCUUUAGAAAAAAUGGAUCGGCCCUGAAAGACUAUGGAGUCCAUAUGAUUCGGCGACUUUUGGAAAGCGGUCUGAGUGUUGAAGAAGUCACUUGGUCACAAGUCAUGCCUACCGCAGGAGCCAUGGUCCCCAAUCAAGCCCAGGUGUUCACACAAAUUAUAGAUUAUUACCUUUCGGAGGACGGCCGUGUCCACCUCCCUGAAAUCCAACGCUUGGCUCAUGAUGCCAGCCCUGAAUCUGACGACAAAUUGCUUCACUACUGCAUGGAAGGUAUCCGGCUUAAUGGUACAUUCGGCUCUUACCGCGAAGCGGCUGGAGUCAUGGAGAUUGACGAUGACGGACGUCGAGUAUCUAUUAAGCCAGGGGAUAGAAUCUUCGUAAGCUUUGUUUCUGCAAAUCGCGACCCUAAUAUUUUCCCAGACCCAAACAAAGUUCGACUUGAUCGGCCUCUGGACUCUUACAUCCACUAUGGAGAAGGCCCUCAUACCUGUAUAGGAAAGGAUGUAAACAUGAUAGCGCUCGCCUCAAUGCUUCGCGUUGUGGGGAAACUGAAAAACUUGCGUCGCGCGCCAGGUCCUCAAGGUGAAUUAAAAAAGAUUCCUCGCCCUGGUGGAUUUUACAUCUACAUGCGUGAGGACCAAGGCAGCUUCUUUGUGUUUCCCAUGUCUUUCAAAGUCCAUUUCGAUGGGGAGCUACCAGAGCUACGGAAGCAGAGGUAG